AUGUCGCGUGUCCUAUGCCAACGGUAUGCUGCUGCUGCUACUGCUGCAUUGACUGUAGACUGCUCUCUCUCCCCCACUGCUCAAUCUAAUACGACAUUCAAACGAUAUCCCGGUUUGGCUCUCGCGUGCGUCCACCAGUUCCACUCUUCGUCGAUCGGGCCCGGCGGCGAUUCGAAUUUUCUUCAAGUGUACUGCCAACGGGAAGUACUUGGGCAGUCGUGUUCGAUGAUCGACGUCGACCCAGGUGGGAGGGGAGGUGUAUGCUUCAGGAUUCUGGAAUCAGCGUAUGCGUGCCAGACGCCAUACAUAAAACGAACGGGAAAGAAGUCGAGUAAACUCGAAUUCCUAGAUAUUUUUAGGCGUACAUAUUGCGUACAUACCAUUUAA